UAAUGAAAUAGUAUUGUAGCCAGACUGAACUGAUGUAGAUGGUAGGAAGUUGGUGGUAUAAAUAAGCGAUAGAUGUGAAAAUAUGAUGGGUAUCUUCUUUGAGGGGAAUAUUCUCGUGUAUUAAACUUUAGUGUGAUUUCAUAACUUACCAGUGGGCCUUUAAAAUUUAACGACAAAUUGUUUCUUGUCUACAACAACCUAAAAUAUUUGGACACUCAACCAUGUUAAUGUAUCAGUGCGUAAAGAGAAAUAAAUCGUUUUUCAACAUUCAGAUACCAAUAAGCUGGCGGGGACGCUAAAAAAAGUUUAGCAAAAAUAGAAAUAGCAAAUACUCGCUAGAACGCUAUGAGGAAUGAGAGAAAUAAUAUCGAGCAAUAAUUAUUUCUGUAAAUGAUUAGGUAUUUGGAAAAAAUAUACCUGCAGUCCAAAAAAUAGAAAGCGUAACAUUGGAUAGUUUUCGGCAUGGCUUCAAGAUAUCAAUGUUCGCUUCCAAGCGACAUACUAGAAAAAGCCAUUAAAGAUCUUAACGAGCCUGAAAAUAUUGAUAAACGCCUCGAAAGCAUUGAUAAUUUGAAAACCAAGUUCAAGGAAAAGUGCGACAAAUUUGAGCUUCUGGACGAAAGUGACGAAUUCUUGUUACGAUUUUUGAGAUCUUGUGAAUUCGACCUAGAAUAUUCGCUCAAAACUUUGGAAUGUUAUCAUAAAAUUAGAAGCGAAUGGCGAGAAGUUUUUGAUUUGGUUGAAAACAAGAAAAACAUACGAAAGUCCUUUGCUUCAGGACCAUCGACAUUCUGGGGUGGAAGAGCCAAAGAUGGAAGCUUUAUUUUAUUAAAAAGACCAGGGCUUGGAGAUUCAUUGACCAAACUUAUUGCUUCCGUUUUUCUCUCCUAUGAAAAAAUGAUUGAAAACGAGGAGGCCCAGAUAUUUGGGAUAACAGUAAUCGUCGACCUAUCGCACUUGGGUUUUAGAAUGGGGAUGCAAAUGGCUUCCAUAGGUAAACGAUUUCUCCGAAUGCUCCAGGAGGUUCUGCCAAUCCGGAUAAUAUCCAUUAAUAUUGUAAACGAAGCUUUUGUGUUCGAUGCGAUGUUUGCUAUUGUGAGCAAUUUUAUGAGCAGUCACAUCAAGCAAAAGAUAAAAUUUCAUCGCCAUAAUCUCAAUGGACUUCACGAAACUAUCGACCCAAAUGCGUUGCCACCAUUUUUAGGAGGAACCGGGCAGGAAUUAGAUAUUGAAGAGUGGACUAGAGAGGUUAUUGACACAUAGUAUGAGCAAAAAACUUCAAAUUAAGCUUUUGAUUUAUAUGAUAGCUCGGCAUGGUCAGAACACAAUGAAGAUGGCGUUUUCAACAAGAUAUACAGCACGACAUUGGAAUAUUAGUAUAGAAGACAUGCACUGUGAAAACGAAAUAGGUAUUUGUAAAUUGGAAUGGUGAAGUGUCAUAAUGUUCCCAUUUCAACAAAAAUGAACUUGAAAUAAAAAUUCCAUUUUUUGAACAAUGGCAUCAUAUUUUUCUACAUAUAUAUUUGACAAUAUAUGUCUCUUUCAAUCAAUCUUCUGGAAGCAUGCAACUAUAGAAGCGCAACUAUAGAAGUAGUGAAAUAUGCAGUUCAUGAUAUUCACAUAGAUUUGAAUUAUUUCCCAAAUUCUCCGUAAUGUGUGGUAAUGUUUUUUUCUUCAACUAAUUGAGUCUAACAUUAUCAAUGUGUUUAUUGUAAAUAAUAAAAUCGAAACUAAUUUUUUGCUAAAGUUUUGCUGAUAAAUAUAUUUAUCAUAGUUAGCUUCGAUGGAUUGCAUUUUCGAUUUAUAUUUUGAUGGAAAGUAGUGUAGUGUUUUUGGUUUAAGAUUCAUUUUAAAUUUAGACUACUCAGCCAGAAUCGCAGCACUGCAUGAUAAUAUACGUUAUUUUCUCUGCAAAAUUCGAGAGUGGUACUACAUCUCAGUCAGUCAGAAAUGAACCAAAUAAGUGCUGGAAUCUAAACCAAGUUUGGGUGUUUAAAAAUUUGGAGACGGCAUUGUUUCAUUUUUUUCUCAUUCUUUAUUGAUAUUAUUUUUUGUGCAUACUAAUUCAACUUGUAUUCUAAUAACAAAACUGACAUAUACUCAACAUGUAUAUUUACUUAAAGUAAUUGUUAAGGUAUUUUAGUUAUCAUGCGCCAACCUCUUAGCUACUAUCAUCUAAAGGUUUUUUAUACAUUACUCCCUACAUAACUUUCUUCGCCACAGAGAAA